CAGACGUACGACUACAUCGUUGUGGGUGGAGGCACGGCAGGCCUUACCGUCGCCAAUCGACUUUCCGAAAAUCCAAAUGUGUCCGUUUUGGUCGUCGAGUAUGGAUACUUGGACAACAACUGGACGACGCUCGUACCAUUUUUCGCGAGAUUCAACCAAGACCCCAAUGAAUUCAGUCUCACCUCCGCGCCUCAACAGCACGUUGACAAUAAAUCCUACAGUAUACGAGUAGCAUCGACAGUGGGAGGCGGCAGCGUAACGAAUCGAAUGGCAUUCGAUAGAGGGAGUAAAGCAGACUAUGAUGCAUGGGAAAGCUUGGGUAAUGCUGAUUGGGGCUGGAAUGGACUGCUACCAUACUUUCUCAAGAGCACGAACUUCACACCACCGCAGCCAGAUUCAGCAACAAAAUGGCAUUUGACUUGGAACGCGAGCUCUUACGGGACAAGUGGUCCUGUACGAGUCAAUCUACCCGAGUAUCAAUGGCCACAACAGCCGAGAUUUCGAGCAGCGUUCCAGGAGGUGGAAGGUAGCGAUAUUGGAUAUCCGACGGAAAUCAAUGACGGGAGUCCAGUCGGUGUAGGCUGGGUCCCAAAUAGCCAAGACUCGACUUCGCAGACACGAAGCGAUGCGCGGACGGCAUACUGGGAUCCAGCACGGUAUCGACCCAAUCUGCACCUCGUCGUGGGCACAAAAGUCACAAAGGUCAUAUUCGAAAACAAGACCGCAGCAGGGAUUGAGAUGAUCAGCCGAGAAGAUUCGUUCAGAGCAAGAGUACGAGCCAGGAAAGAAGUGAUCCUCGCCGCAGGGCCGGUCUUUAGCGCCAACAUCCUGCAUCGCUCUGGAGUCGGUCCCAAAUCAAUGCUUCAAGCUGCGGGCAUCGAUGUCGUCCACGACUUACCCGGAGUCGGAAUGAACCUCCAAGAUCACCCACUCCUCUACCUCUCCUACAACCUCACAAACAACACCUAUCCCGCCCCUCAAGACCUCAUCAGCAACGCCACCCUCAUGACCCUCGCCAGUCAAGACUACAUAAUGUACCAAUCCGGCCCCUGGCUCCUAGCCCACAGUUCCAGCUCCGCCUACCUCUCCCUCCCCCAAAUCUCCCCCACCACCACCACCACCAAAACCCUCCUCUCCGACCUCGACUCCCAAGAAUCCUCCACCUACCUCCCAAAAUCCUACACCGACCCCCCAAAAGCCGGCUACUGGGCCCAACUCCAAAUCCUCAAAUCCCUCCUCCUGCACUCCCGCGACUCAGCAAUCUACGAAAUGCCCUUCAACGGCGACACGACCUUCGUAAUCAACACCCUCCUGAAACCCCUCUCCCGCGGAACCAUCGCCCUCAACACCUCCGACCCGGAUCUCGGUCCUCUCAUAGACUUCAACUUCCUCGCCAACCCCGUCGAUCGAGACCUCGUGCUGACCAUGUUGAACUUCACGCGCACGUAUUUCCAGACGCCGACGAUGCAAACGUUGGGAGCGGUGGAGAAGUUACCGGGAUACAAUGAUCACGCGACUGCGAAUUCGAAUUCGACGACGGAUCCCUUGGAAAUUUUGAAACGCAAGAAUCUCAUCACGCCGACAUCGUCGCAACUUUCUGGGGCUUGUAGUAUGAUGCCGUUGGAAUUGGGGGGAGUGGUGGAUUCGGAUCUUUUGGUUUAUGGGGUGGAGAGGUUGAGUGUGGUGGAUUCGAGUAUAAUGCCGUUGAUUCCGAGUUCGCAUUUGUGUGCGACGGUUUAUGCGGUUGCGGAGAAGGCGGCGGAUUUGAUUAAGAUACGGCAU